CAUUAAAAAAAGAUAAAGAUAAAGAAGGUGAAGAUAAAGAUAAAGAAGAUGAAGAUAAAGAUAGAGAAGGUGAAGAUAAAGAAGAUGAGGAUAAAGAUGAAGACGAAGAAGAAGCAGCAGAAGAAGAAGGAACAGCAGCAGCAGAAGCAGAAGGAGCAGCAGCAGCAGAAGCAGCAGGAGCAGCAGCAGUAGAAGAUGAAGAAGCAGCAGAAGAAGAAGUAGCAGCAGAAGGAGAAGCAGCAGAAGAAGUAGCAGAAGGAGAAGCAGCAGAAGAAGCAGGAGGAGAAGCAGCAGCAAAAGAAGCAGACACAGAAGCAGCAGCAGAAGAAGCAGCAGCAGAAGCAGCAGCAGCAGCAGCAGAAGAAGAAGAAGAAGAAGAAGAAGGUAAAGAAUUAGAGUUAGAGAUAGCAGCAACUGCUGCUGCUGCUGCUGCUGCUGAAGUCUUGUUGUUAUACAUUUUCUUAGUUUGUUAUUAUCGAAAUAAAUAA